GUUCACCCGCCAUUCAAGAUCCCAUCCGAGGCCUGUCUUCACUCCAUUAAUCCGGGAAUGAGCUAUGAUUUAGUGAUAACUAAGACCAAAGCCAUACUACAGCCGCCGCCCUACCAAACCGACUGUUACUCCUAUCAUAUCACCCGCGAAGGGGACUCGAUGUCCAGAUCUGACUGUAUAGACAAAUGUAUGCUAAGAAUAUACGAGAAAAAAUGCAAGUGUUUGCCCAUUCACAUCACCAUUUGGAGGCAUAAUAACGCAAAUCUGAACCUGUCCAUCUGUAAUUACGAUGACUUUGAAUCCAUAUCUGAAUGUCUACAGCAAGAGCUCAGCAAUAAUUGUUACGACAGAUGUAGACCCGAUUGCAUUGACAGACACUAUCACAUUGAGGUUGAGAGCAGAACCUACCCAUCGGAUCAGCAAAUAAAUCGGGCCAUCAGUACAGAUCAGGAACGGCUACUCAAUAUGCGUAACAACGCGGCCACCAUCAACAUCUGGAGCAACUACCUGAGCGAUGUGACGUACGUGCACACGCCGGCCAUGUCGCUCAUCCAGCUGGUGUGCUACCUGGGCGGUCUGGCGGGCCUGUGGCUGGGCGUGUCGGUCAUGACCGUGUCGGGCUGGUUGGCACAGCUGUACCCCCUGUUUCAGAAGUGGAAAGGCAAACAAAAUCAUAUAUUUCUUCACUGCAAACGCCACCUUCCCGUCGGAAAUGCGAGCAAAAUAUCUCCCGACGACCUCCUCCUCCACCCCGAACACAGUCACAGCGAUCUCUAUAUGCAUAGGCCGUCCGUUUGCAGUCUCAGUCAAUUCAAUCCGAGAUUUUGA